ACGCCACUGUUAAAGCAUGACGUGGCGGACAAUUCGCCCUCCAGCGUGAAUCCGAGCAAACCCGAAGGUUUAAAGCUUCGCGGAAUUCGACACCGUAACCGCAGGCGCCGAAGCUAUUUUGAACCUUGUAGGCUACGGUAUACACACGGAAGCGGUGCAGGAAGGAAUGCAACUCCUUUCGGAGAAAUAAAACAACGACGCGUUAAUAUAAUUAUAAAUAAAAAACAACAAGGCUGUCGUGUGGACUGCGGACUCGCUCGGACGACGAGCUUCCGUUGAGGAGAUUUGGGAUGAACGAUUCCUUCCGCUCCGGAUCUCUCUCCUGGAUUUACAGAGACGAGAAGGCGCUGGAUUAUAGCGGGCCUGACCGGAUCAGAACCCGCUGCGUGUGAGACAGAGAGACAGGGGGAAGCAGACGAACACUGAGACGGGUUCUGUGAGCCCCAGUGUGAGUGAGCCCCUGGUUCUGUGUGCCCCAGUGUGAGUGAGCCCCUGGUUCUGUGUGCCCCAGUGUGAGUGAGCCCCUGGUUCUGUGAGCCCCUGGUUCUGUGUGCCCCAGUGUGAGUGAGCCCCUGGUUCUGUGAGCCCCAGUGUGAGUGAGCCCCUGGUUCUGUGAGCCCCAGUGUGAGUGAGCCCCUGGUUCUGUGAGCCCCAGUGUGAGUGAGCCCCUGGUUCUGUGAGCCCCAGUGUGAGUGAGCCCCUGGUUCUGUGUGCCCCAGUGUGAGUGAGCCCCUGGUUCUGUUCGGAGCCCCACGAUGUCCCGCAAGCAGGCAGUGAAGCCGGGCCGCCCCCACAGGAAGUGCUCUGUGGAGAGGAAGCGUGACGAGCGGGCGGUGCGCAGAGCGCUGGCGAAGGAGCGCCGGAACCGAGCGCAGGGGGGCGGGGCCGACGAGGACGAGGAGGAGGAGUUUGUCAGCUUCACCAAUCAGCUGCAAGCACUCGGCCUCAAACUGAGAGAGGUGCCUGGAGACGGUAACUGCCUGUUCCGGGCCCUGGGGGACCAACUGGAGGGCCACUCCCGGAACCACCUGAAGCUCCGGCGCGAGACGGUGGAGUUCAUGAUCGCGCAGCGGCACGACUUCGAGCCCUUCGUGGAGGACGACGUGCCCUUCGAGAAACACGUGGCGAGCCUGGGGAAGUCCGGUACCUUCGCUGGGAACGAUGCCAUCGUGGCCUUCGCCCGGAACCACGGGGUCACCGUGGUGAUCCACCAGGUCAACGCGCCGCUGUGGCAGAUCCGGGGGUCGGAGAAGCCGAUUGGCCGCGAGCUGCACAUCGCCUAUCGCCAUGGCGAGCACUAUGAUAGCGUGCGCAGGAUUGGAGACAACUCUGAGAGUCCCGCCCACCUGAGGACAGAGACUCUGAGUCGCGGUGGGGAGUCCCAGGUGGAUCGGAACCGGUACCGGCCCGCGAGCCCAGCUGGGGGGGACCCCAGGGGGGAGGUGUCGGAGUGGGGGGGCUGCACGGACACCGCGCUCAUCCUGCAGAGUCUGGAGGCUGUGAAUGAUAACAUCGAGACAGCAGUGAGCUCGCUGCUUCAGGGCCCGGGAACACACAGGCACACCCCCGACUCGGAACUCCAGGGGGGGCUGUGGCAGGACUCCGGCUCGGGCGCGCGAAUCUUCGGGAGUCCUGCAGAGAACAACCGGACCUGCGGAACCAGAACCGAGUCAGAGGAGACCAGCGCUGCCAAGAACAGGAGUGUCAAGGUUUCCAGUAAGCAGCGCAAGGAGCAGCAGCGGCUGGAGAAGAAGAGUCGCCAGGAGGAGAAGCACAGACAGAGAGCCCGGGAGAACCAGAACCAGAACCAGGACCAGGACCUGGACCCAGACAGCGGGGUCCACCUGGUCAGGACAUUCUCCACACUCAACAUCUAGCUGAGCCCUCACCCUGACCGACAGCCCAGGGGAGCUGCUGUGGCCUGUGAUGACCUGCGCAGCACGGGCACUACAGGAAUUGUGGGGGCUGUAGUUUCAUUAAGAGGUCUGUGUGUAAUAAAACUCCAACUCCCAUGCUCCUCUGCUGCAGAGGACAUUCACAGCGGUUUCUGCUUUUUUUUUGUUCUUUUAGACGGGGUCAUUUGAAAUUGUUUUGUUUUUGAUCUGAGUGUCUCACCUGGUGAAAUGAAUAUCAACAGUAAUGACAUGAAUAAAUGGAGGGAUGCCUGCA